AUGACUGGAUUUGAUCCAGUACUUAAAGAUAACGUUCAGAAAAUUACCUUAUAUGAUAUCCCUUCCACUUGGGCUCAACUUAAACUUCUUCAACAUCUUGAGAAAUGGGAUCACGUAAUCGCUUUCAAGACUAAACGUCAGAAAAAAUAUUUUAUGGUCACUGUAUCAAUUGACUUCAAUGAAGAACGUUUUCAAGCUGUAGUGAAAGAUUUACCUGAAACUAUCACUACUUCAUUACUAUAUUCCUCAGAUCCUUCCCAAUCACCUAUAUCCAUUUGGGAUGCAAAGCUUUUAAGGUGGUUCAGGAGAAAAGUACCUUUGAACUUGCAAGAAUAUAAAGAUGUUUGGACUAGGUACUUCUCGUCUCAACUAUCUAAAGGUCAUAAUCGAUUACUAAGAAGUGGUCAUAAUCAGAAGCAGAACCAAGACUCAACUAACAAGGUUGAACCAAAUACUACAGAUAACAAGAUUAAGAUGAGCAAACUUAUCAAAAAGAAAUUCGUAUUUUCUACUCUAAGGAAUAUGAAGAAAGGUUUGGAUAGUAGUGAAUCUGAAAACUUUACUAAAAAUGGCUAA